GGCAACCUGCGUCACUAACGAAAGAUACUCCAUUUUUAUUUAUUUAAUUUUUUUUUCCGACUCUCUUCAUUACCUGUUUCUCUGUUUUUUGGCGGCUACGCUCUCAGGAAUGGAAGAUAGCCGGGCAAGAGAGGAGUCCGCUGCGCUCGGUGCUGCAAUAGGAGGCGCAGAACUGAGAGAUCGAAUUUCAACCGCCCUGGCAAUUGAUGAGGUGAAGGAUGGAGGUGCGUCGUCGACGUCGAAUUGCGGCGAGUCGAGCUUGCUGGUAAAGAUGGGAAAGGAGGAAAAAGUGAUACGGUGGGAUCGUAUUUUGCCUCGGAAGUUCCUUAGGGUUUUGCUAGUCGAAAACGAUGAUUCUACCAGGCAGAUUGUCGCUACUUUGCUCAGGAAAUGUAGCUACCAAGUUGCUGCAGUUGCAGAUGGGCUCAAAGCUUGGGAGGUCCUGAACGAGAAACAUUACAAUUUUGACAUUGUCUUAACUGAAGUGGUGAUGCCUUCUCUCUCUGGGAUCGGUCUCCUCUCCAAGAUAAUGGGCAAUGAAAUAUGCAAAAAUAUUCCUGUAAUCAUGAUGUCUUCACAUGAUUCUAUUGGCAUAGUGUUUAAAUGCAUGCUGAAGGGUGCUGCAGACUUUCUAGUGAAGCCAGUUAGGAAAAACGAACUAAGAAACUUAUGGCAGCAUGUUUGGAGAAAGUAUUGUUCUAGUGGUUAUGGGAUGGGAUCUGAAAAUAGGAGUCUGGACAAGGCUAGACUUGAAACUGUGUCUGACAAUGUUGCUGCAAUUAAUCAUGGAAAUUCAAAUGCUGACCAUGGAGGGAUGGGAUCUGAAAAUAGGAGUCUGGACAAGGCUAGACUUGAAACUGUGUCUGACAAUGUUGCUGCAAUUAAUCAUGGAAAUUCAAAUGCUGACCAUGGAUCUAAGACUGCAGAUAGUGUUGAUAAAGAAAGUGAUACUGAGAGCUCUUGUAUUAAAACGGAGGCCAAUAAUGGAAGUUUGCUGAAGCUAAGGGAGGCUCCUGAAUGUGAAUACAGGAAUUUCAUACUGGAAAUUGAUGCAAAAUCAAAGAAGCUUGAAUACGACAUGUCUCAUGAAAAGGGCAAAGUAAAAGAUAAAGCAACAGGGAUAGAAAUCAAAAUGUCUUUAUCUAUUCAAGCAGCAGCUUCGACCAAAAAUAUUUUGGAGGACAAUAGUUUCUAUGAUGGAUCCCCAUAUAGGGACGAUGACCAGGUUUCUGCCAGAAGUAAGGAGGGUGCCACUCGUGAUUCUGAGCAUCUCAAUCAACUUAAGGGAACAAACGAACUGUCAAAAGAAAUUAUUGAUUUCAUUGGGGCAACAAGUACUGAACAAAGCAAAUUUCCCAUCUUGAAGGGCAAAGAUCACGCAGAAGAUAUAUCAUGUAAAAACGAGGAGACCCCAGAUGUAAGGAGAAACACAUUUAAUUCUGGUUCCUCACAAUUGUGGGAGCUUUCUUUAAGGGGACCACAAUUUAAAUUCAACGGUGAUGAAGUUUCUCAGGAGAAGCAUGUGCUGAAUCAGUCUCAUGCGUCAGCAUUUUCGAGGUAUGGUGGUGGAAGACUUCAUGUUUCAUGUCCAGGUUCUUCUUCAGCCAGUUUAUGCAUAAGAACCAGUGGCUUUAAUGGUUCUAAUUGCCACAUAAAUCCGGGCAUUGAUAAAGGGAAGAGCACGCCUUUUCCUCUCAUAGGGAAAUUGACUUCUCCUCAUAGAAAUGGAGGUGAAGCCCUAAGUUACUACCAGUUGUCAUCUGGUAGCAGCAAGGAAGAUGCAGGCCCUUCAGCAUCAGUUUCUGUAAGAAAAAAUGCUUGUGUUUGUCAUUCUCCCACUGAGAGAUCUGUUUUACCCCAUCCUCAACUUGAAGCUAUACCUCUUUCUGUUCCUGUUGGUGCUCUGCCUUUCCAGAACUUUUGUGCUGGCUAUGGUGCUAUACUGCAACCAAUAUUCUGCCCAAAACCUUCUCGACCCCUUUGUGGCUCAUCUGAAAUUGAGAAAGCGAUAGAUUUUAACCCAUCUGCUCAGGAUUGCAAUCUUGUUAAUAAACAUCAUGUCAAGUCCUCUGACUGUUUUGAGGACUGCCAACCGCAUCUGUUGAAGAAAGUAAUGGAGGAUGAGAUAUCCAAUAUCAAAACCUCAUACCCUUCAGUGAUGCUCCGCUCUUCUUAUGAGACAGUUGAUCAGAUUGGCAACUGUAGCCGAGGUAUUACUGAUGCUAGUGGAUGCAAUGGCAGUAAUGAUGAUACAAGUGCAGCCUUCAAUAUGGGAACUAUUCUUGAGAGUGCGAAUGAAGAUGGUUUCCAGAACUGUAAUGGGAAAUUAUUUGACCGAAGCUGUUCUCAACGUGAGGCUGCAUUGACCAGAUUCCGCUUGAAACGAAAGGACAGAUGUUUUGAGAAAAAGGUUCGGUAUCAUAGUAGGAAAAAGCUGGCAGAGCAACGCCCACGCUUGAAAGGGCAAUUUGUGCGCCAAGCAGGGGCUGAAUCAGCCAGGAUUAUUUCAGAAUCGGAUGAUUGAGUUAAGCCAUUUACUCAGUUUGAAAUAUUGUCAGAUAUUAAAUUACAGGUCAGAAAGUUAAAAGGUAUAGGAUGAAGCCUCGAAACUUUUCUGCAUUAGAUUAGUGUUUUGUUUCUUUUUCCUUCAUUUGGGGCUGCUGAAACAGUAGCCAUUACAAUACAAGAGCUGCAACAUGGUGGGGCCUAAAAUCCCAAUAAUUGCUGUUGAAACAGUGGAAAAAAGUGCCAUUUACAAUAUAAGAGCUGCUAGCAUUGUGGGGCCUAAAAUCCCAGUUGUUGCUGUAUUAUAUUUAAUGGAUCCAUGUGAUACAUUGCAAUAUAUGAUUUCAAAAUAAUGUUUAAUGUUUUUGGGUUUUCUGUUA